GACCCUGGCCCGAGCGGCUCCUCCCCGCUGCCACCAGCGGGAGUCGGCUGGAGCUGCGCGCAGGGAGAGCAGCCGGCAGCAUCAGCGCCUGGACACUGCGGCUCCUCACGUCACAUUAUCUAGGUGCAUCAAUGAGGAGUCCAGGGAUGGCUGUGUUCAAACAACAGAAGGUGGAAGACGUUUAUGAAAUUGGGGAAGAGCUAGGAAGUGGCCAGUUUGCGAUAGUGAAGAAAUGCCGAGAGAAAAGCACUGGAGUGGAAUAUGCUGCUAAAUUCAUUAAGAAGCGUCAGAGCCGGGCCAGCCGCCGGGGGGUGAGACGAGAGGAAAUCGAGCGGGAAGUGAACAUUCUGCAGCAGAUCUUGCAUGCCAACAUCAUCAAGCUGCAUGACGUCUACGAGAACAGGACAGAUGUGGUCCUUAUCCUCGAGCUAGUGUCUGGAGGAGAACUUUUUGACUUCCUGGCACAGAAAGAGUCUCUGAGUGAAGAGGAAGCAACCAGAUUCAUUAAGGAGAUUUUAGAUGGUGUUAACUACCUCCAUGCCAAGAAAAUUGCUCAUUUUGAUUUAAAGCCUGAAAACAUUAUGCUUCUAGACAAGAAUAUCCCCAUUCCACACAUAAAAGUCAUUGACUUCGGCCUAGCUCAUAAAAUAGAAGAUGGAGUUGAAUUUAAGAAUAUUUUUGGGACACCAGAGUUUGUAGCUCCAGAAAUAGUGAACUACGAACCACUUGGGCUAGCUGCAGAUAUGUGGAGCAUAGGAGUCAUCACCUACAUACUGCUCAGCGGCGCAUCCCCUUUCCUUGGAGAAACAAAGCAGGAAACUCUCGCCAACAUCACAGCCGUGAAUUACGAAUUUGAUGAGGAAUUUUUCAGUCACACCAGUGAUCUGGCAAAAGACUUUAUCCGGAAACUCCUGGUGAAAGACACGCGGAAACGGCUCACAAUUCAAGAAGCUCUCACUCAUCCUUGGAUAACGCCAAUGGACAAGCGGCAGGCCCUGGUGAGGCGAGAAUCUGUCAUUAACUUGGAAAACUUCAAAAGGCAAUAUGCCAGAAGGCGAUGGAAGCUCUCUUACAGUAUUGUCUCACUGUGCAACCACUUAUCUCGCUCACAGAUGAGAAAGGUCCCACUGAUGCAGGAUGAAAGUUUGAGAAAUUGUGAAAGUGACCAGGAAGAAGAUCUUUCCCAAAGAAAUGGCACUCAUCUGAGGAAAAGCAGCAUAUUUUAGUGUAUCUAGUAUUCACACUAGAGAGACAUGGGAGGAAAACCUCAUCUUGGCUAAAAACGCAGCCCUAACAGCAGAGCUGGUUUAUGGUCAGAUUCAGUGAUGAUGUGCUGCUCGCUUUUCAAAUUACACAGAACACCUGCAUAAUAUUAUUCAAGAUCCGCUGAAAACUUACAAAACUCGGGAGUCCGGAUUCCCUGAGAAGUGCGGCAGCACCGACACCAUCGGAAUAAUUUUACUUGUAGAGCUUUUCAUUCUUCUUCAAAUUCAUCUGUGAACUGUGAUAUCACCUGUAUCCAGAACAUUGUUUUCACUGACAUUCUCUUAAGUGUAGCGCAAUUCACAUUCUGAGCCAUAUAUAAGAAUGUGUGAAUUAAUACCAAAGGAUCAGCCUUUAUGGCAGUGAAGCUGUUAUUGCUUCUUAAGCAAACUUUUACAAAUAAUUGUUGUUGUUGUUAGUAACACAGAUACACGUGUCUGAGAGGUGUCUGCAAUAAUACCGCUAUCCUUGUUGUGAUGAAAAGUUUUUCCAUUUUAUCAUCGAAGGCGCUAGCCUGAUAGCAUGGAAAUGGUGUAAGGAGUGGACCUGGGUGGAUUUUUUUGCAGCAAACAGUAUGCAUUUGUCAACAAACUGAAACUAUUCACAGAAUCAAUGCAAAGGACUGAAUAGUUUGAGCAAAAAAUUUUUUUUCCAAAGACUGAGAUGCCAUUGGAGAAGUGGUGAUGCCGCCACUUCCUUAUAAGCUUUAGCCUAGUGGUUAGGGCACUCAUGCCAAACCCAGAUUCAGUUCCCCCUUCUACCUGAGAUGGAGAAAGGAUUUGAACUUGGGGCUCCCUCAGUGCAAAAAAGUGCCCUAGCCACUGGGCUAUGGAAUAUUCUGAUGUUGAGCUCGCUCAGUCUCUCCUGUUGAAGCAGUUUUACAGUGUAUAAAUAAUUAAAUAGUCAUUGGAGCAGGGAUUUGAUCUGGUGACUUCCACCUCCCAUGUGAGUGCCUCAGCCACCAGCUAUAGAGUCAGUCCCACACUCUGUCUGCCUGGACCAAUGACUAUUUGUGCUUUAUCCUAGGGACCACUCUCUAUAAAUCUGUGAAAAUAAGCUCUAUACUGGUAUAACUGCAUCCACACUAGGGGGUUGCACCACUUUAACUAUAUUGGUUUCUAAGUCAAUAUAGUUAAAUUGAUACCAAAAAUAUGUGGAGACCAACCCUUUAUUUUGGGUUGGAUGUAGCUAAAACCAUAAAGCAAACUGUUUGUUCUACAAAAUUUCACCUGAUUUGAACGGUUUUGUAUCAGUCAUCCCAAGCUUGAGAUUUUUACUGGUUAGAAUUGCAAGUUUGUGUUGAAACAUAACCCAGGUGAAUUUUGCCUGGCUUCAGGUUUCACUGUGAACAUUUUGCAAAGCAUUAAAAAUCAAGUUUGAGUCAUAGCUUUAUAUCCUUUUUUAAGUGGGGAUAAAAACAUGCAUAGUACAUGCAUCAGGAGGAAAUAUCCAGCAUCCAAGAAGGAAGAGGUAGCAUAAGUGGAAGCAGAAAGGAAAGUGUGAGGGGAAAAAAAAAAAAAAAAAAAAUUAAUGGAGAUAUCCCAUCUCCUAGAACUGGAAGGGACCUUGAAAGGUCAUCAAGUCCAGCCCCCUGCCUUCACUAGCAGGACCAAGUACUGGUUUUGCCCCAGAUCCCCAAGUGGCCCCCUCAAGGAUUGAACUCACAACCCUGGGUUUACCAGGCCAAUGCUCAAACCACUGAGCUAGAGGCACAAUGGUAAAUAGGUGGGAAGUAAUCAGUGAGGAGGAAUGACUGAAAGGGACAGCUAGGAAGGGGGUGGAUAGAUAAAGAACUGGGGAGGUUAGAAAAGACCGGAGGAGAAAAGGGAAAAUAGGGUUAGGAGGAUUAUGAAGGAAAGGGACGGAAAGAGGAGUGUUUCCACCAAAUGUCAGACCACAGUCUGAAGCAGCUGAUGUAAAAAAUAGGCUACCUCAUGUUCAACAGUGCUCUAGACCAUGGCUAAGUCUAUGGUAAUCCUCAGCCUGUAAAGCCUGUCUUCACUAGGAUAAAAAGGUUUGUUCCGAAUUUGAGUUACCAAACACAAGGUAAAACCCUAGUGAAGACAAGGCAGUUUGUUGUUUGCACAGGUUAGCUGGUUGAGGUUAUGAUUACAGGGGUGGCUAGGGUUUAUCUGCUAACUCACGAUAAAACUACAAGUGCCUUGUCUUUACUAGGAUUUUGCCUUGUGAUAGCUAAUUCAUGUUAAGAACAAACCUUUUUUCCUAUUGAAGACAAUGCCUAACUGACCAAUUACGGGGUAUCAGAAUUAUGCAGCAAUCUUUUUCUCUCAUCUAGAUUUCUACAAUACGUUCUUUGCUGCUCUUGACUUCCCUUACCUUGUUCUACUUGUUCAGAAGUCUGAUUCUAAACUCUUUGAGAUGGAGCCUCAGAUGGCAUAACGUGUCCUGCCUCCAUGGAAGUGGAUGAGCUAUGGCAAUUUAAGACCAGCUGAGGCUCUGCCUCAGUGUUUCUACUGUUUCCUUGCUCUGUCAUUAGCCUCAGUGACUGGCAUUGUCUUGGUAGCUCCUUUUUCUCUUUCCCCACAGAGAAAUAAGUGCUACAUCUUUGUCUUUGUUACAAGUUGCUUCCAAAAAUUCACUUAUCAUAGCAGUAGUGCCUGCUUCCCAACUGUGAUGAUAGUGAAGUAAAGGUUAGAUUACUGAGAGCUAGACAGACAUUGUGCAUGACAAAUCUGAACCAGCACUUAGAUACUAUGCUGAUAGGCCACCGGAGAAAAGUCUAGGGUAGGUGAUUGGAAAUAUGGACUUGAGCCUUGUUCGGAAUGUUUAUUGUAAAAUCUGAGAUUGCUUGCCUACUUUUUUUUUUUAAAUUAACUUAAUUCUGCUUUGAUCAACUGUUCCCUGAGUACUAAGCCUUGUUUUUAAUUGAGGACAACUGCCUUCUGUAGCUAGACCAGGUACUGCAGCAGCAUCUGAACACCGGAAUGGCAUUGUGAGGAACGCUGGGUUUGGCUUACUUGUCAGCAUCACUUUGCAGAACAAACACUUCUCUUUGCACUUUUUAUAUUGAAGAGUCAGCCAGGUACCCAACAGAGCAAUGUUUCUACCCAUUUUCUUCUUUGCUUACUCUCUACAGUUCUCUGUGUAUAAUAUUUAAUAUCUCCCAAAUUAAGGUAAAUUUUCUAAUGAUUACAGUUUAGGUCACUAAGAAUUCGUGUUUAUUUCAGUGUACAAGGAAUUUAUUUUUGUGUUCACUUUCAGGAGAGGGAUGUUUCAUGUGUCCGAGCCACUUGGUCAUAUGUACAUCUUUAAAACCCUCCUUAAUUAGUUUACACUGUUUGUACAGCAGUAUGCAUUAUAUCUGAUUCUUCAUCUCUCCCAUCUUCUAAAGUCCUGAGCCGUUAUCACUUUUCUAAAUAGGUAUCCAGACAGCCAGUAAUUGCUGAACACUGGCUACAAUGCACCUAUAUCACAUGGACCAAGCAAAAUAUCAAUUCUGUUUUAUGCAGUAUUCUAGAUAGCCCAAUUGACUAUUAAGGAUGAAAGGGGAUUAUAAUAUUACAUUAACAUAAAUGGUACAAAUUCAAUAUUAAAACCUAGGUUUUGAUAAAUGUAUAUUGUACAAUCAUACUGAGGACUUCCAACACUGUCCGUAGUGUGUUCUAUAUGUUAUAAUAUACCACACUCAAAUAAAUAUAUAUAGCUUUAUUAGCUGUUGUGCUGAUAUUUUAAUGUACCAUUGCCUUAAUAUUAUUGUUAUUUUCCUGGUUCCACAUCUAAAAUUAUACUUGCUCUUCUACUCACUCACCCAGUACCUCUGUGUUUACAAGCUAAUGGAGACCAAGUCUUCAGUGUAUUGUUCAGUUACCUAUUUUUAUAUUUUUUUUUAUAUAAAAAUAUAUAAAAAUAGGUUGUGUAGACUUAAACAUUGGACUAAAAGUGAAUUUGCACUGUAGUAAUGGAUACAUAAAGAGAGAAUAGUGCAUAGGAAAACUAUUUUCUUUUCAUUCUAUAGAGGAAUAUUUAUAAAGAGAACACUAAAAAUAUAUAUUUGAAAAAUCAAUGGCUCCUCCACUUGUCUCCCAGUUUCUAAGUUCAGGAUUCUCUUUGUCCUGUCCCACGUGAUGGUGCUCCGAUUAGCCUGAGUUUAUCAGAAAGAAUUUAAAGACAUGCUGAGCACCCACACCUCUAAUUUGAAGUCUGCAUGAAAAUCAGGCCCCUGAGCCCUGGUUAUAGUAACAUCCUGGAUUAUAACAUCAGACAUUGCUUUGGGCCCAGUCCUGUGAGGAGUUGAAUGCCCUCACCUCCCACUGAAGUCAAGAUGAGUUAUCAUUUUUCAGGAUUUUGGCCUUUAGUUUUGGCUGUACCCCUGUACAACUAAGGACAUGAGUAUGCAGUAAUAACCACAACUGUACUGUCACUCUCAGAUAAAACAGCAUUGCCCUCCUUUCCUUACUAUGUUCUGUGAGCCUGUAGCUUCACAUGACUUGUGUGGGAUGUGGCGUUCAGUGCAAGGGAACCACCAGGGGGUGUUAUAGAAAACACUCAUAUUUGAGCAAAACUAUUUCCUGAUCUUUUUUCAAAUACUAAUUCAAUGCCUGUGUAUAUUUUGGAGGUUUCGGUGCAAACUCUAGUCACUGAUUUACUAGUACAUUUCCUUCCAAAUGUAUUUGUAACUUUGGAGUCUAUACCUAUAUAUUCUGUUGGGGUGAAAUUCACUCCUGUGCAGAAGGGCGAGUAUCAGGCAUAAGCACCACUUAGUUAAGCUCUAUCUAGAAGACUUACGUGGUUCAUAGUCCUCGUCCUGGCUCUGUGCAUAGUUGUGAAUUUCACUCUUAAUGAUUUGGAAUCUUAAAUACAAUUAUCCUAGUACAACAGCCUUGAGUUUCCCCUUGAUACUGAAAGUAGAAUGUAAGAAUUUACUUCAUUAUAAUGGUUGCACAUAUUACAGGACUUGCCUCUUUGGGAGAAGAUCUAUAUUUUUAAUGCAUGCCUGGCCCCUUGGGAAUUUGAAGAAGAGGGAUGCAAUAGUCUGAUUUAUAAUAAAAUAUUUAUUUAUUCUUUAGUCAAUUGACAUAAUUUGGAUAUUUUAUUAUUGGCGCACCCGUGCUGUUUCUAACCUCUGUACCUAUGGUUUUUAGGAGAAAUACUCAGAUUUUUAUUGAGUACCUGGCAAGAAUACAAACUCUGUCAGAACGCAUUAAAUAUAUUUGUCAUUCUGAUUUGCGAAUAAAACUUUGCAAAAUAUUAA